AUGUGUCAGCAUGCCAUCUCUGCGUUACAGCAGCAGCAUGAGCAAGUGCAGGAGAAACCGGAGCAUCAACAGCAGCAGCAACAGCAGCAGGAGCAGCAGCAGCAGCAGCAGCAGCAGCAAUGCGAUCAGCAGGCAUUUGGUUCCCCCAUUGUGCAUGUUUUGGCAUUCAAUGAGUCUCCUCUGCCCGAAGCUCUUGCUGCUGCAGCGGAGCAGCAGCAGCUGCUGCUGCACCCGCUGCAGCAGCCCUCGGUAGAGCGCAGCAGACAACUGCUCUGCAGCAACAAGCUAG